AUGCGCCUGAGCCGCAGGGAAGCUGCGCAGGUGGCUGGCACACUCCGCCCACUGCCCACCCCCACUGCCAGUGUAGUCACCUGGACACCGGUAACGGACUGCAGGCUUCGCGCCUUGAAUGCAGGGAAAUACAGGGAAGAGAGGAGCUGGGCUGAGAUUGUGUCAAUACACAUUGUAACACAGACUGACCCCUAUGCAGCAUCUCCUGCCCAUGGAAGCAGAGAAGCAAUCACAGCCUGGUGUUCAUGUAUGUAUUCACGAAAUGUUGUCCCAAGUUUCAGAAUCCCAUCAAUAAUCAUGCCUGAAAAAGAUACAACUCCCUCUACUCCCCCUGGACUUAAUAAAAUCGAGACAGGUAAAACCUGUGAAGAAGUGAAGGCUAUCCGAAAGAAUGUAAAAGGGUUCGUGCAGACAGAAUAUGGAUGGAUGUUACUUAGUACCACCCCGAAAAUUAAAAAUCUUGAUACUAAAACGACCAAUACUGAAGAGGUGAGCAAAGGCAUCUUCUUUGGCUACCCCAGUCGCCGCCACAGCUGCUCUCAAGUGAACAUACCAGCACCAUGUGUCACCAAAACGAUUUCACAUAUUGAAGAAGUGGAGUCAAAAAUACAGAAUUAUUUGAAACAAUUUGAAACUUCUCUCGAAGAAUGGGAAAGAAUUGCUUCCAGAAAAGACCUGAAGGAAGAUUUGACUAUUGUCACACCAGUGAAAGUGUGCAAACCAAAAGACAAAGAUAUAACAUGUCCAGAAUUAAAGGAAAAAAUGAAAACAUUGCUGUCAGAGAUUAUCAAACUCAUUCAAAGUCUUGAAACUGACCGGGCCUUAGCAGAACUAGCUUUAAAGCAACAAAAGUCAAGAAGGAAAAGGAUUAGCAUGAGAAUUGACUCUUGGUCUAUCUGGAAAAUUCAAGAACUUCCAUUAGCUGUGCAGAAAGAACAUGAAGCCUAUAUGAAAGAUACUAUAGAAUUACGAUGGCACCUUCGAGAUAAAGGCCAUCAAUUAGAAAAUCUUACAAAACGGAAGAAUAGGUUUGAAGAAGCUAAUACAAAGAUUGAAGAAGAUAUUAAACUAAUGUCUGAAGGUUCUUUUCUUCUCAAAACAAAGCAGAAGCAGGAACAUGAAGCUCUCAAGGAGAAAUAUAUUAAAAAAGAUGAGGUAUUGGAGCAACUUCAUAAACUUAAUGUAGAACUCCAAGAAUCUAAAAAAGAAUAUGAACACUACAAAUUGGAGCUUGAAAAAAAGAAAGUAACCAUGGAAAAAUCUAUUGCUGAUGAACAAUUACACAUAGAGACCUUCAAGAAAGAAAUGGAACAACUCUCGGAUCUAUACACUCACUACACUACAUCAAUACAUGAUGUUAGCGUAGAGAUGAAGACUAGUGAAGAAAUGCUGAAUGAGAUAUUGAAGGAAUCAUUGUCAGUCACCAGUAUUGCAUCUGACUUAAAGAAAAAACUAGAUAAUUUGAAGAAAACAUACGAACAACUCUUCCGGAAGCAGAGGAAAUUUGAAAGGCAAUAUUUAGACAAAUUCAAUGAUUUUUAUGCUACAAAAAGAACAUUGGAUUCUGAGCUUUCUAAUGUAAUAAAAGACUAUACAGGUAUUUCAGGAGCAUAUAAUAGAGUAGUGGACGAAAAUAAAAAAAUUUCGAUUGACAUGUCCAAAAUGGUAGAGAAAAUCAAUAAAAGUAUAGAGAAAAAAAUGGAGUAUGAGAAUGAAAUCCAAUCUUUGCUCAGAAUGAAGAAAAAGAACAGUGCAUAUCUCAAAGAGCUCUAUGAGGAAUGUUAUCACGUUGGUUCCAUUUUUGCCAUAACCAAGAAAAAAACUCAAGAAAUGGAAGAUAUAAUGGCAGAAGUGAAAAGAAAAUUCAAGGGUAGAGAAGAUUUCUUGAAAAAACUCACUAGAAAUGAAGUUGCUGCCGGUGUAGCGAUUCAGAAAAGGCUGCUUUCCAUCGAAGAAAAUCAGUUCACAGAGAGAAAGAAAUUUGUGCAUAAGAAAAUAUUAUUCAGCAUUGCACUAGAAGAAAUUGAGAGUCCUCUGAUGGAAAUAGAAGAGGAUGCUGUAAAAAUCAGAGUCAUCCACGGAGAACAUUAUGAUAUGCUUAAUGAUAUAAUUGAUAGGAAAAAAAAGGUCCGAGUAAAAGUAGAAAAAACAAGGAAAAAAUUGCAUAAAAAGGAGAAGAUAUCCCGUGUUGCAUUAUCAGAAACAGUGGAUAAACGGUCAACGGUUUUUAAACAGUAUGAAGGCACGAAGACUAAAACAGUGCAUUAUAAUGAAAAAAUAAUUCAGAUGACUAAAGAAUUAAGGGAAAUAGAAGAGCAAAACGCAAAAUUUGACAGGGAACUUGAACUUUUAAGGAAACAGUUUUAUGAUGUGAGACUUGAAAAAGAAUGUAUCCAAACAGUGUAUGAUCAUCUUGCGGAGGAGAGAUCAAAAUGCUAUGACAGACUCUAUAGGGAAGGCCAGAUGUUUAGAAAGUUCGUUGAUAUGAGACAAAGAACUCUGGCAAGUCUUUGUAAAAAACAGGAUGAUUUGCUGAAAGAAAACUACCGUUUAGCUCAAGAAUAUCAAAAGACUCAGACAAUUUACAUAGAGGAAAAGGAUGCUUUCUUCAAUCUAUUCACCAGGCAGCUACCACUCUAUGAGUCAGUUAGUGACAAGAAGCAGUUCUGUCAGCUGCAGAGAAAUCUACAAAAGGAGUGGCAGAAGUAUUUCAAACUGAUGGUCCUCUACAGUCAGAUGAGGCUGGCCCACCUCCAGAAAGAAUCUCUGGAGAGUAUUCAGAAAAUAUUAGCUGUGCAGGAUGAAUCUUCAAAUUUAAUGCAACACAUCUUAGAUUUCUUCCAGUCUUUGAAAGGUGACCAAUGUGACGAGGAUGCUUAAGUCAACAACCAAUAUAUCUCGGAUGCUGAAAUAAAAGACAAGAAAAGUCGCACAGUUCAGAUAACAGUGUAAUUUGGACAUUCACCUGUUUGCCAUUUCACACUUCCAUGGACGAAAAACUCACUCACCUCCCAGCAUGCUUUGCCACUCUUUUACUUACAGCAAAUCCAUAACAAUGAAACAGGUGACUUUCAUGCUGCUGUCAGGAACGAUCUAAUUUCAGCUCUGGGUGACUGAUUGCAAUUGGCUUUGCCUCAUCUGAUAAUUAAUCUAUGUCACCAUUAAUUGGAAGAGAGAAUAAUUACUGGCGGUGUUGACAGUGACUGUUCGCUUCCCCAGAUUUCCCCAUCGUGUUGGCCCAAAUAAAGGCUUUGCGAUUCAGUACUUAAAGUUUGUGUAAACUGUAACAAUAUCUAUGCCCAUGUGACACUCUCAGACACUCUGUCUAAUGUACUUUUGUUUUUGUGUUUACCAGUCUUUUUAGCUCACUGAGAGCUGUCUCUCUCAAUCACUCCUCGAUGUUCUAUCUUAAUUUUGUGGAAGUUUAAAGUUUUCAAUGAGCUGGAGAUGAAUGAUUAAUGAAUAAAUUUAAAUGCUUCAUUUUG